CGUCUACCUUCUCAAAAUGCAGGUCAUCAACUUCCAGAGCAUUGUGCUGGCUGUGCUGGCAGCCAUGCACUUGCAGGUCGCCUCUAGUGAGACGGUUCUGGGUGCAUACAUCUACCAACGCCACGGCGAUCGCACCCCGAAGAUCAUCGGCUCCCCGUCGUUGACGGCUCUUGGAUAUGAAGAGGUUUUUGCUCGAGGUUCCUACUACAACAAACGCUACAUUGUCUCGAACUCUUCCUACCAGAUAGAUGGAAUUGCGACAGAUCUUGUGAAACUCUCCCAGCUCAAUAUAACCGCCCCUUGGGAUAAUGUCAUCCAAAAUUCCGGCGCAGGCUGGCUUCAGGGUCUAUAUCCACCCGCUGGACAAGCUGCUAGCCAAACCUUGAGCAAUGGGACGUCUGUGGAGCCACCGCUGAAUGGCUUUCAACUCAUCCCAAUCGGAACGACCAGCAGUGGCUCUGGCAGCGAGAGUGCUCCCUGGCUGCAGAGCGUCACUGGUUGCAAGAAUGCCCAGGUGAGCAGCAACAACUACUUCUCGUCUGACUCGUAUCAGGCUCUCUUGUUGUCCACCAAGUCGUUGUAUCAGUCUUUAUUGCCGAUGGUCAAGGCCACCUUUUCUCUGUCAGACUUGAGCUUUAAAAAUGCCUUCUCCAUUUGGGAUGUCCUCAAUGUGGCAUCAAUCCAUAACUCGACAAAAGAGUAUCCUGCUUUACAGCAGUUGAACUCAAGUCUUAUGAACGAGCUCUUCGGCUUGGCCAGUAUUCAUGAAUACAACCUUGCGUACAACGCCUCCGACCCAGUUCGUGCAAUUGCCGGCGCGGUAUUGGCUGGUCAGGUACUGCAGGGACUCAAUAACACCAUCACCUCUAGCGGAAGGGGUAAUAAACUCACCAUUCAGUUUGGCUCAUACGCAACUGCCUUGUCGUACUUCGGUCUCGCACAGCUGCCAGCAGCAAACUCAAAUUUCACUGGAAUCCCCAGUUAUGCAUCCUCAAUGAUCUGGGAACUGGUGACCAACUCAUCUCUCGAGAACGGCUUUCCCUCAACAUCUGACAUCUACGUGCGCUUCUACUUCCACAAUGGCACUUCAGCUGCUUCACCUGACUUGGAAAGCUACCCGCUCUUCAAUCAACCCAGCCUUCUCCUUUCUUGGUCAGAUUUUGUCUCGUCAUCGCAGGCAUUUGCUAUUACAAGCGAGGCUCAAUGGUGCCAGCAAUGUGGAAAUUCGGGAUCUAUCUGCUCCGCCGCAGAUUCCACGGCCUCGAACGCAUCUGUUAGUGCUACUCCCAGUUCUGCGGGAGGAAUCUCCAAGGCAGUCGCCGGUGUAAUCGGAGCAAUGGUGACUCUCGGUGUUAUACUCGGUGUGGAAGCGUUGAUCAUGCUUGUUGGAGGUAUCAGUUUGACUAGGAAGCGUGCUACUCCAGUGGAAAAUUUUCCAGCUGCCGAGAAGGUUGCUUCGCCAGCAAAACAGCUCAAAGAUCUGGGAUCCUAG